AUGAUUCCUCUCAUUCCAACCCUGGCUUUGGCUAUUUUCUCGUUUAUAUGUUCUGCUUUUAUUGUUCUUCGCAUUGUUAUUCCUAUCUUGCCGCCCCAUCCGUUGAGUAGACGUGUUUCACCAUCUGAAUUCGGUCUUCCUGACUUUCGUUCUCUUUCUUCAGCUGACAAGAGUCACAUCUGGCUCGCAUCACUCGACCUUCUCGCUUUGGUAAUGAUCGUAUGGCAAGUUAUUAUGGAAUCUCUGGGAGGACCAUCCGGUCUCGAGAUCUCCGGAGACCCGUUCGCCGCAGUGCGAGUGUGGUUAGCCAUGACUGUCAGGCCAACUUGUCUCCUCGUUGUCUCCGCUAUCACACUACUUCACAUCCGUAUGGGUCGUUCCGUUUCGUUUGGAUCUAAGCAUUGGAUGCUCUGGGCUCCAACUGCUUUAUUUGUAAUAACGUCUACCGCCGUCGCUGGUAUCGUAGCAGGUACCGGCGUCACCACUUUCUUUACAGGCCUUAUUGCCUAUGCAUCCGUUGUCGCUAUUCUCAGCACGGCAGCGUUUGGUUGUCUCACCGGAACCUUGCUGGUCAUUAAGCGUAAUCUCGCUGCAAUGGACGAUUACGAGGAUUCAUGGCCUCCCGUUCGGCAGAUGGAGGAAAAGCCUAGGCCUUCAUUCGCCACCGAGGAGAUUGAUGCUAUUCGGGAUGGCGCGUCAUGGAUCACUUCUUCAGCGGGCUCCCGCCGGGGAUCCAUAUCUGCAUGGUCAUUUUCCACUCAUCACACUAGCAGUGGGCGGCCCCAGGGAAGCCAUAAUGCUUCGGUCCCUGCUAAGUCAUCCUUCUGGUUUAGGUCUUCUGCUACAAAUGUUGAUUCCGUUCCUCCUGUCCCGCCACUUCCUUUGCCAUACAGUCCCACUUCUCCUACGUCAGCCAGCCUCGGUGACCCGGAUCCAUUCAGAAGAGAAGCGCCCACCCCUCUCCCGAACCAUCCUCGUAAUCGUCUAGAUUCCCAGACUUCUUGGUUGACUUCAUCCAACGGAUCCCACACUGUGAUGUCCGCUUGGUCGUUCCCACCUACAGUUCGCGAUGAUGCCUCUGUGCACAAUGGUAGCACUGUCAAUUUGCAUGCCCAGCUACUGCCUUCUGGUACCGCAGUAUCUCGCCCUCCUACACCUGCGAUGUCGAGUGCACAAGUCUUAGGCGGAUACGGAUAUACUCCCAAUCACAAGGAUACCGAGAAAAAUCUUAGUAGUCUGGCAACGACGCCCGGAACGCCUCUCGAGAUCUCCGUCUAUCGGGCUAUCGGAUGGUUAAUUAUUAUCUGGGUUCCUAUGGGUCUUGCAUAUCCAUACUUGAUUAAUGUCGUGCGAAAUGGUCCCCCAUCCGCCAUAUCAUCAAUUUUACUCGUUCUGUCUUUCACUUUAUCAUCCCCAAUCCUGGCACUGAAUAUCCUCUUGCGAUCACCAAUCCCCAUUCCUUCUGGCUUGUUCGAUGUCAGAGGUAAAGCCCGUAGCGACGUUCUCCGUGCACCGUCUCCCGCAAGCAGCACCGCUACUUACAAGCACUCUCAUGAGUUCAAGAGUAGUACGUGUCCUAGUGUCACGGUGGUUGAAGGACGAAGGAGUGGAGAUGUCUGGGUAACUAACGGUGAUGCAGUCGAUGGCAAAGGCAAGGUUGGCCGUGCUUUGGCCAUGAUAUCUCCUCGGCCGAAACUUUCUGUGCUUCCGCCCGAAGAUCAUGACGAAGAUGGUUUGACGCCUCCGGUCCCGCUUCAGAUGGACGAUUCCUCUUUGGCACCCUCUGUCGGCAAUACGCCUCAUUCGGAAACAAGCGAACAAUUUGGCAGACUGAGGAAGGAUUCUAAAGCCAGUUCUCACUUUUCAGGUGGUGAUGAAAGCAUGGCUUAUGCAUCGAGGAUCAUGAUCGCUCAAAGACACUAUUCUGCGCUUGCUAGAACCAUGGUGCUCCCUUCAGGUGCCCCUGAAAAGGUGGCGAUCACUGGUAAUGAUCUCCUCGCUGUCGACAAAGCGGUCGCUUCUGGAGCCAUGCCAUCUUCUCGCCGAGUCUCAAGUAGCCACCUUCGCACUCGUUCCGUUUCUUCGAUGAGCGUAAACCAGAAUGGUCGGCGUGAGGCCUCUAAUAUUAGUCCUCCGCCUUCGUUUCCAUUGCCGCCUACUCCACCUAGUGUUCGUGCCGCCCGAUUAGCCAAGCAUAAGAAAUCCUACUCUUCUGGUUUCUCAUUUGGCGCUGUUGACGACUUCAAUGAAAUUGACGAACUGUCAGCUGGGUUAUUGCCUAUUCUCGUGCCCGGCUUGAAGGUCGGAGAAGGAAUGAAGAUCAAGGAACGCAAUGUCGCGUCAAGAGGAAAGACGACGAGGAUGAAGGGAAAGAAGCUGCCCCUCGCCGAGUUUGGACAGGACGAAUUCUCGUCCCCUGAAAUGCAUUCUACUCCCGCCAAAUCCAAAACGGUGACUAAUAGGACAAGGAAGGAGUCUCAUAAAAGGAAUCAUCUCAGCUUGCCAAGUCUCGGUGACGCCGUGGGGACUUAUAUUGCGGUUCCCAGCAACAUCGAAUUCGGAAGACGAAACACCGUUUUCGGGGGCGAAUCAAUUCCUAACUAUCUCCCUAGCGCCCAACGGCUGGUCUCCAUGCUGUACCCCAGCAUGUAUCUGCGAAUCCUAGGGCCGAAGUUUCCUCAUGGUGUUGAUACCGCCCGCUCAUCCGUCGCCACGAUGGACAUGCUGCCGCCUUCUGCUACUACCACUUUGUUCGAAUUCGGGAAGGAGCUGGAGGACAACAUUGGUCCCCUUGCUGAGAGUACGCCACAUAAUACUCGAACGAGAAGAGGCCAAGAAGAAGAGGACGAAGUUCCACCGUUGCCUUCCCAAGUAUCCGGGCCUUCACGUACAACCAGAGGAAAACGCCGCAGCAGCAUUGUGUACGUCAAGUCGGAUGAAAAUACGCCGCCACAGCAACGCCCGGCUCUCCAGCGAUCGAUGAGUUCGCUGCGCCGAGCCGUAAAACCGCUGAUGAAGAAGAAGACCCCUUCACCACCCUCACCCAUUAGUGAGAAUGGUCUUAGGCCGUUGUCUUUGCUGCAGAAUCGCGAUAUUAAUGCCAGCGCUGGGGCUAGUGCCGCGGCACCCCCUCUAAAUGUGGGCAAACGUCUGCAGGUCAAAGCUGGGAAAUCUUUAAUGCACUUGAAGCUCGAACGAUCCGGUACCAGUAAAGUGAGAGCCGCGUUGAGGCAAGAGGAGGAAUUGCCUGCAGUUGUCGUCCGCCCACCGUCGAAUGUCGAUCAUCAAGCAUACGAAUACCGAUUUAUCAGGGAAUAA